GGGAUCAAGCGCGUUGACCAAUUCUUCUUCAUGUUAAUAUAAUAUUUAUAAUUACAUAUACUUUUUAUAGUUGUAGAUCCAAGAAUAUCAUAUUUUUUGUUAUUAUUGUUUUAGAAAUUAAUAUAACUCGAUUAGAAUGAAAUUAGUAAUUGAAUGAAUGAGAACCCCAUCUUGUUUGCUACCUCUAACUUUAGAUUCUGCUGUCCUUAACCUUUCCAAUAUCACUGAUCUCUCCCCUCUUCCUGAUCACAUUCUCAUCGAGCUCUUCCUGAGAACAUUGAGAGCUGGAAAGCUGACUGAGAGGGUUCUUAAGCUGUUUAUAGCUACUGGCAAGGACGAGGUCUUCUCACUUAUCCAGGAGCUAAACAUUCAAGUCACAGUUAACCCUGUCCUUCCUACCAGAUGUUCUGAGAAAUUUCUAUUCAGAAUUCGAUUGUUGUUUCUAUUUGGCAAGAUGUCUCUACCAAUUAAGGACGAUGAGAUUGAUAUCGUGAUAGGAACACUCAAUUCUGAUCUGACAUCUUUCAUGAAUGCGUGGAGGCCUAUAUUCUCUCGAUUUCAUCUGAUAAUUGUCAAAGACCUUGAUUUGAAAGAGGAAAUCAAAAUCCCAGAGGGCUUUAACCUAGAUGUCUAUGAAAAGCCUGACAUAGACCGCUUGGUGGGUACUUCUACAUCCAUCAUCUUCUCUGGCUAUGCAUGCAGGUAUUUUGGCUAUCUUGUUUCUCGGAAGAAGUACAUUAUCUCUGUGGACGAUGACUGUCUUCCAGCCAAGGACAAUAAAGGCUUUUUGGUGGAUGCUGUUUCCCAGCAUAUUACUAAUCUUACAACCCCAGCCACACCGUUCUUUUUUAAUACUCUGUAUGACCCUUUCACUGAAGGUGCGGAUUUUGUCCGUGGCUACCCAUUCAGUCUUCGGAGCGGGGUAACAUGUGUUUUGUCAUGUGGUCUAUGGCAUAAUUUGGCUGACUAUGAUGCACCUACUCAAGCCCUCAAGCCAGAAGAAAGGAAUUCCCGAUAUGUUGACGCCGUUCUGACUGUUCCAGCUAGAACCCUGAUGCCUAUUAGCGGAAUCAACAUCGCUUUUAAUCGGGAUGUGGUUGGACCUGCCUUACUUCCAUGUUUGAGGUUGGCCGCGGAAGGUAAGUUUAGGUGGGAAACAAUGGAAGACAUCUGGAGUGGGAUGUGUGUUAAGGUCAUAUGCGAUCACCUCAGACUCGGUGUGAAAACUGGGCUGCCUUAUGUGUGGAGAAACGACAGAGGUGACGCAAUAGCAAGCUUGAGAAAAGAAUGGGAGGGUGUGAAGAUGAUGGAGGAAGUCGUGCCUUUCUUUCAGUCUCUGAGGUUGCCACAGGAAGCUACUACAGCAGAGGACUGUGUAGUCGAGGUGGCGAAUGCUGUUAAAGAGAAGCUGGGAUCGAAAGAUCCCGUGUUUGCUCGUACCGCUAAAGCCAUGCUUGAUUGGGUAAAGCUCUGGAAAUCAGUUGGAGGUUGCUCAUCCUCACCAGGUGCAUAGGAAUCAAUUAACUUGAGGGCUGUGCUUUGUUUCGUUUUAGUUUAUGAUUAUAAAUCAUGGUGUACUGCAACUGUGUUUAUCCAUACAAGUUGAAACUGUGUGUUUAUAGACUACAAUACUUCUUGAUGGA